GGUAUGCGCCAUCCUUCGUUUCAUCACCAUCAUUCAAAUCUAACCGUUGGAAGCUCCACGGUCACGUCCGUUGUUCAGACCCGACUUAGCCUUUCCAGGUUGCCCCAGCACACGGAUCUCUAGGAGAAGGAUACUUCGCAAGCAGCGUCAUCAUGGCGACCGAAAUGUCAAUGAUGUCCGAGAUGUCCGGAAUCGAGUCGAGCAUGUCUACGCAGCCUGAAGGAGGAGAUGAUUCGUCGACUAAGUACGCCAUAUUCGGUGCCUUGGCUUUAAUCCUCCUGCUGGCAGUCGUAGCCUUCCUCGUCAUCGGCGGUUUCGGCGGUGACGAAGCACCCGAGGGUGAGGCGGACUCCGGAAGCUUUGGAGGAGGAGGAGGAGGUGGAGGAGGAGGAGGAGGAGGAGGAGGGGGAGGGGGAGGAGGGGGAGGGGGAACUUCACUUCCAGCAAUAAGUAUACGUGUUGGCACCGGUAAAACAACAAAGCGGGACAGUAGCAGCGACAAUGACCAAACAAACGCCGAUCCGGACGGUAGUCAACCAGACCCCGACCCGGACGCUAACCAACCAGCACCCAAGCCGGCCCCAGACACACCACCCGAACCCGUCAAGGAGCUCAUGUGCACGGUGGGCGGCAUCGCGGGUGCGAUCAAGAGGUUUCCUCCUGACGGACUGUGCGACCACAUCUUCUACACGCACGUGUUCAUCAACUCGAACACAAAAGAACUCCAGUCGUUGACCCCCGUCUCCAGCUACACCGUGUUCCAGGAGCACAUGCAGUCAUUCAAGAAAACCAAAGGAGGCCUCUCCUUCGACGUACAUGGGGCAGACGGCAAGCUGGUGGCGAAUGCAAAGUCAGCGCUGCAGGAUCUUCAAAAGAAGAAUAUCGUACACUACGGUUCCCUGAAUGUCAUCGGUGCAGUGCAAGACCUUAACAACAUGGUUCAGAGUGCCUUGGAUUUGCUCAAGCAACUCAGGGGCAUCCAAGGAGCCGACAAAACCAGGAGAACGGUCAUCGCCAUCGGUGGCCUCAACUACGACAGCGUGGACGCGUUUGACGCGUACCAGAACGCAAUCGAGAAGGCCGGAGCUUAUAAUUCCGGGGCCGACACUGUGAUUGCCAUCUCCUCCACCGACGCCUGGUAUUACGACAUCGCCAGCUGCGUGGUCAUUCCACCGACAACACUCAUUUCCACCGACGCACGCUUCCCGAGCAUGGUGCGCAACCUCGAGCUGGUUUCAGAGAAAGGCCGCUACAUUUCGGACCACACCAUAGCGGGCGUCUCCAUCGAGAUGGGCGCUUUGCUCUACACUUUCGACGACGAGGUCGAUGGCUCGCUCGACCAAAUCAUGUUCAAGCCCUGCAUCGGAGCCACGCUUGCACAUCUGGACAUGGCUUGCGAAGGUGACAUAUCACGGCGGGUUACUAUCAAGGACGUCAAGGUGGCUUUCGGCAACAGCACGAAGAAACAGGUCCUCUUGUACGACGAUCCCAUCACAGUCAGGCAAAAGGCGAAGAGCAUCGUCCGCAAACUUGUGCGGCAGCGGGUUGCGUGGAUGUACUACGACGUGCACCUCACCGACUUCAUGAGCAGAUGUGGCUUCAGCGACCCGUAUGAGCCGGUUCAAGUACUGCGCGAAGAAUUCAAGAAGUAGUCCGGCAAUAAAUGCGUCGAUGGAGCGCAGUUCCUUUACUAUA